UACUGAAGCGCCUGUGGAAUUACUCCGAAGACAUCCACUGUCCUGUCUCGUCACACUUCGUGGACACUUGAAGGUAUUCUUAUAUUGUUUGUUUUUUUGAAAGAAAAACUGACACUUUUGGGACUUUUUCCGCCAUUUGUCCUUUUUGUCUCGCUGCCUUUCUGUUGACCUAUCCGAGCCAUAACCUUCCUAAAGAGUAGUUUUUGGAGUGUGUGGAACUAAAGCAGACAUGGCAGAGACAUCGGCAGCUCCGGCCAAAGCCAAGAAGGCCCCUAAGCCAAAGAAGCCCGCUUCUCACCCCAAGUACUCGGACAUGAUCAUAGCGGCCAUCAUCCACGACGCCAGCCGAGGUGGCGCGUCCCGUCAGUCGCUCCAGAAGUACGUCAAGAAGAACUUCAAGGUGGGCGACAACGCGGAUGUUCAGACUAAACUGGCCCUCAAGCGGAUGUUGGCGUCCGGGGAGCUGCGCCACACCAAAGGCACUGGUGCCUCCGGAUCCUUCAGGCUCGCCAAGCCGGAGGACUCCAAGAAGACCGCCGUCAAAAAGUCUCCCGCCAAGAAGCGGGCGGUCGUCAGGGCAAAGCCGGCCGCGAAGAAGCUCAAGAAGGUGUCCAAGCCGGCCGCCAAGAAGCUGAAGAAGGUGUCCAAGCCCAAGAGCGUGACCAAGACACCGGAGAAACCCAAGAAAGCGGCCGCCAAGAAGAGCAAGAAAGUGACCCCCAAGAAGACUCCGCCGGCCAAAGCCAGGAAGGUGACCACGAAGGCCAAGGUGACCAAACCCAAAGCAAAGCCAGCCAAGAAAGCGGCCAAGCACAAGGCAAGGUCCCCCAAGAAGGCUGCCAAAGGAGGCAAAAAGAAGUAAAUGGACAUUAUCAGAGACUAUGUAAAUAUUCCUAAAGGACGUUUUCGUAUAUGUAUUGUUUUUUUUUUAAAGUUCCAUGCAAACUUCUGCUGUUUUUAGUAGUUUCCUCUGCUGCACCAUGACAUGUUGGAACGGUAUUACAGUGUACAUGAUCAUGCAUAUACAGUAUACGUAUAUUCACAACUGUGUGGUCCUGCGUUUAAUACUGUACCAGCUCCCUUCAUUCCAUCCUCUUAAUUGUUCAAAUCCAAACUUAAAUUAACAUUACUUUGGAAUUCCAUCCAAUAAAACACAUACAAAUGUU